AUGAGCUCACAAUCUUUUCCAUUCUAUAGCAAUAAUAAAUGGCUAGAAACUGAUAUCGCAGACGUAACAAACCCGCUUUAUUCUCUAGCCAAAAAUUCACGACUUCUAAAAUUCAUAAUUACACAGCAUGACAGAGAGUUAAAAGUAGACCUGAUUCCCUGUAAAGAAUUUUACUCGUUAUUUGCACGUCUACAAAAUAUUAUUAAAGAUAAAUUAGUCGAUAAUCAUUUCAAAUAUUCAUCUAACAGCAGUAAAUCAGCAUCACCAGAAAAUACUAAUAUAAAUUACCAUAAAGGAUAUAGAUUAAUAGAAGGGUUAAUCGAAAACAUGAUUCUAAUACUUUAUCAUACACCAAGAGAUUCACCGACAACACCACCAGAAAA